AUGACUUCUCCUCUGACUGUCAGCUUGGGCACCAGUCCAUGGGGUAAUUACGAAGCACCGGGUGUCGUGGCACCUUUCGAUACUUUGGAGAAAGUGAUGCCUCUCCUCGACACUUUCUGCUUGCGCGGUCACAAGCACAUCGACACUGCUCGCAUAUACGGAUAUGGCACCGCAGAAGAGCUUCUGGCGGCCGCUGAGAAGAAACACCCGGAUCUGACAGUUUCGACGAAAAUCUUCCCUACUCGCACAACUCCCCUUGAUCCCAGAUACGAACCGUACAACCUCAAUGAACACGAUCUCAAUCUCGGCCUGGAGAGAAGUCUGGCUGCUCUGAAAGCCGAAAAAGUCGAAACGUUCUUUCUCUAUGACCCAGAUCGCAACAUUCCUCUCGAAGAGACCCUUGCCACACUAGACAAGCUCUACAAGGAAGGUCGCUUCACUCGCUGGGGUCUGAUUAGACACCCAGCUUGGCUUGUUGCUAGAAUCCAGGAGCUCUGUUCAGUCAACAAAUGGGUCAAACCUACUGUUUAUCAAGGCAUUUACAAUCCCUUUGUGCGCGGUGUAGAGGCCGAGAUCAUUCCUUGUAUCCGCCAUUACGGCAUGUCUUUCGAAGCUGCUCAGCCCCUCGGUAGCGGCAUCCUAGGCGGUCGAUACAGAAGAGGCUUCCCCGACUCAGAGCACCCCAAAGGCGGUCGUUUCGACCCCAGUCACUUCAUUGGCAUGCACUUGCGCCACAGAUACUGGCAUGAUCCUAUCUUCGACGCUCUCGAGAUGAUCGAGCAAGCGGCCGCCAAGCAUGGGUUGACUGCUCGUGAAUGCGCCAUUCGUUGGGCCCAUCAUCACAGCGUGAUCAAGCCCGAGCUCGGAGACAGACUCAUUUUGGGAGCUGCGGACGCACAGCAGUUGGCGGAGGUUUUGGAUUUUGUGGAGGCUGGCCCCUUGUCAGAAGAUGUGGCCAAAGCAGUGGAAGCCAGCUGGCAGAAGGCUAAGAUUGUUAAUUAG